AUGUCUACCCUCGAGAAAAUAACGGAGCAGACGCGCGCCGACCCGGCCAUGGUGUUCUCGUCGCCUUUGUCGUCGCCGUCGCAGUCGCCGAAUGACAGUUUUCGCACGCCGUCGCCUGUGUCGCCUCGAAGGGCGCCGGUCGCCGUCGCGUCGUCGGCAGAGGGUGCCGUGCGAUCGUCAUCGCGGGCGGAGUCGCGUGGAAAAGGCGGCGGCGGCAGCUCCCGCCUCUCGUGGCGCUCGCUGUCGCCCAUCCGCGGAUCGCGCUCGUCGACAAGGCAACCUCGUCGCGUAACCCUAGCCUUUCUUUUCCGUCUUCCGCCGUCCGCCUUCUGCCGUCCGCUUUUCCCUCACCUGAUGUCUCUCCCUCUCCCCCUCUCCUCGCUCUUCCCCGUCGCUCCCCAAUUGUUCCCCCAAUCAGCUCCGCUCAGCCAGCGCGCGGCGGACAAGCUGCGCGCGGAGCAGCGCCUCGCGGCGGUGCUUGCGCUCAUUCCGACGCGCCUCGCCGCGUCGGGGUCUCUCUCGCGCGGCUCGCUGCACAUGGCGCAAGGCGUGCGCGGGAGCACCCAAGACGCGGCGGUCCUAUGGGAGCGCUUCGGCGGUCGCCCGGACAGCGCGCUGUGCGCCGUGUUCGACGGGCACGGCCCGUUCGGCCGCGUCGUCUCCUCCUACGCCGCCGCCACCCUCCCGCCGCUCCUCCUCGAUUCCCACCUCCUCGCGCGCGCCGCCGCCGCCGACGCCGCCGCUGGCACUGCGGACGCCUCGGGCGGAAGCCCAGCGGGAGGAAGCGCGGGGGGGGCGGUGCCCGGCGCGGGGGACAGGGCGGCGUGGCGCGCGAAGAUGCACGACGUGUUCGCCAGCGUGGAGCGCGACGUGCGCGUUCACCCGCACAUCAACCCGCUCAACAGCGGCAGCACCGCUGUGGUGGCCGUGGUGCAGGCAUCCGCCACAUCAACCCGCUCAACAGCGGCAGCACCGCUGUGGUGGCCGUGGUUCAGGCGAGACCCGGGAUGGGGGAGGGGAGGAGGAAGGGGAGAAAGGGGAGGAAGCGGAGGAAGCGGAGGAAGGGGAGAAAGCGGAGGAAGCGGAGGAAGCGGAGGAAGGGGAGCGUUGAACCCUCGCUUCCUCCCUCCCUCUUGCUCUCUCACAUGCUUCCCCUCACUCUCCCCAUUCCUCUCCCCCUUCCUCUUCCCCUUCCUCUCCCCCUUUCUCUCCCCCUUCCUCUCCCCCUUCCUCUCCCCCUUCCUCUCCCCCUUCUUCUCCCCUCUCCUUCCCCCCUUCCCCCCACCUUCUCCCCCCCAGGGGCGGGAUCUGGUGGUGGCGUGGGUGGGGGACAGCCGCUGUGUCAUGGGCCUUGUCUCUCCCCCCACUCCCCUUGCUGGCGGAGCCAGCGCACACGGGGGGCGCGAGGGACAUGGGGUAGACAGCAAUGGGGGCGCUGGUGGCGACAGGGGUGGUGGUGGCGGUGAUGACGUGGAGGUGGAAGCGCUACAGCUCACCACCGACCACAAGCCCGCGCAUCCUGGUGAGUUUGGAGAUGUCUCAUCUCAGCACCCAAGUGCGGGUGCGCACUGCGCACCUGAGGAGCGGUUUCGGAUAGUGGUCGCAGGGGGCCGAGUGCACGCAAUCCCGGGGGAUCCCGAGGGCGUGGAGCGCGCAUGGCUGCCGCACGAGGAGGCGCCCGGCAUCGCCAUGUCGCGCUGCCUCGGCUCUGCUCUCAUGCGCUCGCACGGGGUCACCGCUGACCCGGACGUGCGGUUUCUGAGACUCGGGCCGCAGCACCGCUUCAUGGUCCUGGCCACUGAUGGGGUGUGGGACGUGCUAUCUAACGAAGCCGUGGUGGCUAUAAUUGCCAGCUCGCCCUCUCCCCAGGAGGCAGCAGCAGCCGUGGUGCGAGCAGCGGAGCUGCAGUGGCACAUGCGCCCGCCCCCCCUCAGCACCGAUGACAUUUCUGCUGUCGUUUACUUCUUCCAUCACCCCUCUGCUGCUGAGGGUGCUGCUGGUGGUGGUGGUACUGCUGCUGCUGCUGCAGCUUCUGUUGCUGCUGCGUCACCAUCAGCAUUAGCGUCAGCGUCUGUGGGAAGUAGCAUGAGCAGGGGUAGCAGCGGGAUCGGUGGGGAAAGGGGAGCCCAAGAGCUUCCUCCCCCUCUCCUUCCACCUCCUCUGCCGCCGGUGUCCCUUCUCCCUUGCUCCCGCUCCACGCCACGUCCCUUUCCCGCCGAUUCGUUUCAGCUGCGGCGUCUGCUCCUGCCUCUUCCAGAGUAG